GUGCGUGAUUUGCACCAUCUCUGUAGAAGCCCUGAGUGGUGAUUUAGCUGUAUCGGAGAUGCCCGUUCAUCAUGGUUCCAGCUGGUUGAUCCGUGCGGUGUUUCCAGAGAUGACUACAGCUCUUGGAGAGGUGCAUUUGACUUCUCUGGAUGCUUGCAGAUGGCCAGAGAGUUUGCUGCCUAUGUGUUGCCUGUCAGCCCUGCAAACAAACAGGCAGAGAAUCCAGAGACGUAGUCCUGUCCUUGGACCGAACCUGAAGCUCUGGCAGGGGAUUGGAUUCGUAAACAUUUCUCACCACGGCAAAGAGACAAGCCUGUGAAAGAAGGAGGGAGGUAUGUCCCCGCUGGGAAGAGAGUGGGUGCCCUUCAUCCUGAUUCUCCUUACACUUGUGUGGGGUGGAGAGAGAAUUCAGGCACAAAGAGCAGGUUGCAAGAAUGUCCAUUAUGACCUUGUCUUCCUCCUGGAUGCCUCUUCCAGCGUGGGCAAAGAAGAUUUUGAGAAGGUCCGCCAGUGGGUGUCAAACCUGGUGGAGACUUUUGAGAUUGGACAAGAUAAGACCCGUGUGGGAGUGGUCCGGUACAGUGAUCGGCCAACCACAGAAUUUGACCUAGGAAGGUACCAAACUCGUGAGGAAAUCAAAGCAGCUGCAAAGAACAUUAAAUAUGAUGGGGGCAAUACAAACACUGGGGAUGCCCUCCGGUACAUUAACACCUAUAGCUUUUCCAAAGAGGCUGGGGGGAGGCCUAGUGACCGGGCCAUUAAGAAAGUGGCCAUCCUUCUGACUGAUGGGAGGAGCCAGGAUUAUGUCUUGAACCCAGCCACUGCAGCACACAAGGCUGGGAUUCGAAUUUUUGCGGUAGGAGUGGGUGAAGCUUUGAAGGAGGAACUGGAUGAAAUUGCUUCUGAGCCCAAGUCUGCUCAUGUGUUCCACGUCUCCGAUUACAAUGCCAUUGAUAAAAUACGAGGGAAACUGAGAAGACGUCUCUGUGAAAAUGUGUUAUGCCCAAAUGUCCAUGUGGAAGGAGAUCGGUUCAAACACACCAAUGGAGGGACUGACGAAAUUCCAGGAUUUGACCUGGUAGAUUUAUUCAGUGUGAAGGAGAUUUUUGGACUGAAAGACAAUGGAAUUCAGAGUUCCUAUAUCCGACUUGGCAGCUUCCCCAUUGUGCAGAAAACAGAGGAUGUCUUCCCACAAGGCCUGCCUGAUGAAUAUGCCUUUGUAACGACCUUCAAAUUCCGGAAAGCUUCCCGGAGAGAGGACUGGUAUAUUUGGCAGAUUAUCGACAAAUACGGGAUACCUCAGGUUUCUAUCCGGCUGGAUGGGGACAACAAAGCUGUGGAGUACAGUGCCAUAGGGCUGACCAAGGAUGCCGUGAGAGUGGUCUUUCGAAGCGCCCGAGUCAGCGACCUGUUUGACCGCAACUGGCAUAAGAUCGCCCUCAGCAUCCAGUCCAAGAGCGUCUCCCUCUACAUAGACUGCAAGCUGGUGCAGACGCUCCCUAUUGAAGACAGAGAAAAUAUUGACAUUCAGGGAAAGACUGUGAUUGGCAAACGGCUUUAUGACAGCGUACCCAUCGAUUUUGAUCUACAGCGCAUGGUGAUUUACUGUGAUUCUCGACAUGCUGAGUUGGAAACCUGCUGUGACAUUCCCUCUGGACCAUGCCAGGUGAUGGUUAUUACGGAGGCACCACCCCGUGAAGUCAGACCCACUGUUGGCAGCGAACAAAUUGGUCACAUAAAGACCCUCAACUGUUCUUGUCCUGCUGGUGAGAAGGGUGAGAGGGGUCCACUUGGCCCCGAAGGUCCUCAAGGUCAAAAGGGAGAAAGUGGCAGCCGAGGGCUUCCUGGCCAAAAAGGAGAAAAAGGAGAGUUGGCCAGAGGAGCAUAUGGAGGAGGAGAAAAAGGAGAAAAGGGUGAAGAAGGGCCCAGGGGCUUUUCUGGAUUGAAGGGUGAAAAAGGAGAAAAGGGGUCCCUGGGCUCAUCUGGCCCCCUUGGGAGGGAAGGAGCAAAAGGAGAAACCGGGGAGCCAGGACAGCCGGGAGAAAUUGGAUUACCUGGUCCAGAGGGCCCUAAGGGAUCAGAGGGAAAACCAGGCCCACCGGGAAUCAAAGGCUAUGUCGGAGCGCCUGGUCUGCAAGGAGAAAGAGGAGAAAAGGGGACUCGGGGAGACAAGGGAGAACGAGGCUUUGACGGGUUCCCUGGGAAGCCAGGCGUGGAGGGAAAACAGGGUACCAAGGGCAGCUCAGGCUCACCAGGUGCCAUUGGACCUACAGGAGAAAAGGGUGAACCAGGGCUCCCAGGAUUACCAGGCUCUGCGGUGCAGACCGAAGGCCUAAAGGGAGAGCGAGGAGACCCCGGUCCUCGAGGACCCCAAGGUUUACCUGGUCUGCCAGGGCCACCGGGGCCAGCUGGUCCAGAAGGCAAGCACGGAGCUCCUGGUCUGCAAGGUCAAAGGGGCAAGAAGGGCGACAUGGGGGUCUCAGGAGUUGAUGGCCUGCCUGGACCUCAGGGUCCCCUGGGGCCUCCUGGCAGUGCUGGUCCCCGUGGCACUCCUGGUGCUCCAGGAUUGCCCGGAGAACUUGGCGUUUCAGGAAAACCUGGCCUUCCAGGACCCCCUGGCUUGCCUGGCAAAGAUGGAUUAAAUGGUCUACCUGGACUUCUGGGUCAAAAGGGAGAACAAGGAGAAAAGGGAAAGGAAGGCUCUUCUGGACAAGCUGGUCCCAAGGGUGACACAGGGGCUCGUGGCCUGCCGGGUCUACCAGGCGAACAGGGUGAAGCAGGACUUCCUGGACUCCAGGGCUUACCCGGACCAAGAGGAGAGAAGGGAAACCAGGGUGAAAGGGGAAGAGAGGGACUCCCUGGACAGCAAGGUGAAAGAGGUGAAAAGGGCGAUGUGGGUUCUCCUGGUCCCCCUGGUCUGCCUGGAACUACAGCACUGUUCACCCCACAUCCCCGAAUCCCAGGAGAACCCGGACCAAAAGGAGAGAAAGGAGAUCAAGGAAUCGGCGGAGAACCUGGACCAGCUGGUGCUCCAGGUGAGCAGGGGCUCCCAGGGCUUGCAGGACUACAGGGCAUGAAGGGACAGAAAGGAGCUAGAGGAGAAACUGGAACUCCUGGAGAGACUGGUGCUCCUGGUGCUGAAGGCCCCCCAGGCCCACGCGGCUUGCCAGGAAACGUGGGUGUACCUGGAAAUUUCGGUCCACCAGGAAAGGAUGGGCAAAAGGGCGAAAAGGGUGAGCCAGGGAGAGAUGGAAAAGCAGGAGGACCUGGGCCUGCUGGUGAGCCUGGCCCUGCUGGAGUACCUGGCUUACCUGGCAAGGGUAAAGAUGGAGACCGGGGUGACCGAGGCCUGCCUGGACUGCCGGGACUCAUUGGUCACAAGGGAGAUAGGGGAGCUCCCGGUCUCCCUGGCCAGCCUGGAGACAGAGGUCCGCCUGGAAUUGGAGUCGCUGGGCCUCCUGGCCCCACGGGACCACCAGGAGACAAAGGGCCAUUGGGCUCCCGAGGCUCACCCGGCAUCCCAGGCCCCCAAGGACCACCCGGGCAGGAUGGUUUACCUGGAAAUCCAGGGGAACGGGGACCUCCUGGAAAGCCGGGUACUUCUCCCUUGCUUACUCCUGAAGACAUCAACCUCCUAGUCAAGGAUGUGUGUACAGACUGCCCACCUGGCCCGCCAGGGCUCGCAGGAAUACCAGGCUUCAAGGGUGAUAAAGGUCUGCGAGGGCCUCCUGGGAGAGAUGGCCUGGAUGGGAAAACGGGGGCUACUGGUCCCAGAGGUCCACCAGGCCCUCCAGGCCCAGAUGGUCUAAAGGGCACUAAAGGAGACCGUGGAACAACGGGGGAAGCUGGAGAAAAAGGUGAACAGGGUCACCCUGGAAUGCCUGGUUUUUUGGGCCCACCUGGAAACCCAGGCCCACCUGGACCAGAUGGUGUAAAAGGACCAGCAGGAGCCCCUGGGAUCCCUGGAGAUAUUGGUAAAGAUGGCCCACCAGGACCUCAGGGACCACCAGGAUUGCCUGGACUUCAAGGCAUUGAUGGGAACGAUGGCAAGGAUGGAAAGCCAGGAUCUCCUGGGGAACCUGGCAAAUCAGGAGAACCAGGGCUUCCAGGCCAGGAGGGUGCCAGAGGGUUACCGGGCUUCAAGGGACAAAGAGGAGACAUGGGUCCCCCAGGCUCUCGGGGAGAGCCAGGUGUGGCAGGUCCUGCUGGGCGUGAGGGACCGCCAGGGAAGGAUGGUGACGCCGGCCUUGCCGGACCUCAGGGUCCUCGCGGAUUCAGAGGGCAGCCGGGCAAGAGUGGAUCACCUGGUCCCCCAGGGGAGCCUGGCCCUGCAGGAAACCCAGGUCCAAAAGGAAACAAAGGAGAAAAUGGCAGCCCAGGAGUUCCUGGUUUCAUAGGACCUCGAGGACCUCCUGGUGAACCGGGAGAGAAGGGUCCCCUGGGAAAAGAGGGUGCAGCUGGGAAACCAGGUGAACAUGGAUCCAAAGGAGACAAGGGAGAUCCUGGAGUCAAAGGUGACAAAGGCCCACAGGGGGAGAAGGGCUCACCUGGCGAGCCUGGAAUACCAGGCCAUAAAGGCCACCCAGGACUGAUGGGUCCCCAAGGGCCACCAGGAGACAAUGGACAAACUGGACCUCCAGGUCCCCCAGGACAGCCAGGAUUUCCUGGUCCACGGGGGGAGCCUCCAUCCUUGGAAACUCUGAGAAGGCUUAUCCAGGAGGAGUUAGGAAAGCAGCUUGAUGCAAAACUAGCCUACCUCAUGGCUCAGAUGCAGCCAGCGCAGGUCAAAGCCCCUCAAGGUAGACCAGGGCCUCCAGGUGUUCCUGGCAAGGAAGGACUCCCAGGAAGACCUGGCCCUCCGGGAGAGCCUGGCCGACCUGGGCAAACAGGAUCUGAAGGACCACCAGGGCCUGUGGGUCCAAAAGGUGAAAGAGGCACGAAUGGUGAAAAAGGAGAAGCUGGCGUUGGUCAGAGGGGUGAAAUAGGUUCUCCAGGGAUUCCAGGCCUCCCAGGGGAACCUGGCUAUGGCAAAGAUGGGAUGCCAGGACCACCAGGCCCCCAAGGUGAAGCUGGGGUGCCUGGCCUCACGGGCCCACCAGGACCUUCUGGAGCCAAUGGGCAGUGCGAUCCCUCUCAGUGCGCUUACUUUGCAAGUCUGGCUGCAAGGCCUGGCAACGUCAAAGGACCCUAG